AUGUUGCGGAGGUGGACGAUCGCCAUUCUCCUUCUUGCUGGGAUAUCUAUCGUCGUGGAAGCUCAGCUAGGCACCAUUCAAACCAAUGUGCCAUGGCGUGCUGGUCAUGUUGCUGUGUACCUCGAUCCAUACGUGAUCUUGUAUGGUGGAUCUGAAGACACGUCUGAAAGCUAUGGCGGCACUGUGCACGGUUCAAACAGCCUUUGGGUGUGGGAUUCUCGUAACGGAUCAUGGUACAAUGCGCAAUCGACGGUGCAAUCGGGCGUGAAUAUGUUGCCACAGGUGUACUUUGGAGCGACGACACUGCCAAGUUCAGGGCAAAUGAUUGUAGUGGGUGGCAAUACCACAGGUGGCGGUACAUCGGGCAUGCUUCAGAAACUGGAUAUCAAUAAUUGGAGUUGGAGCUUCCCAUCAUCCAACACAGCAUCACCCACACGUGCAGCUCAAUUUGCUAUCACCACUGUCAAUAACACAAUCUACACUUAUGGCGGUUCAGCUGUCGAUACCAAUGGCUUUGUUCAAUCCAAUGCUGUCCUCAACGACCUUUACAUGUUGGAUGCGAAUUCAUUUGGAUGGACAUCCGGUUCCAAUGGUGCAGCAAUCACGGGUCAUUCCACUUGUUACAUCAAGUCAUGUAACUGCCUCGUUGUGUUUGGUGGAACAUCCACGGGAAAUGGAGCAGAUGCCAAUGCAAAUGUGAUCGUGUACGACUUGACAAAAAGAGCUUGGAAUUUGCAAGUAGCAGUGGGUGGUGGAUCGAGUGGCCCUCCUGGUGGUCGUGUAUUGCAUACCGCCAAUUGCAUGGAUGACAAGAUGAUCGUUUAUGGUGGUGGUUCACCAAGUCCUUCUGAUUCAGACGUUUGGGUAUUGGAUGCAUCAAGUUAUCCCACACUCACAUGGGAGCGUAAGCAAAUGGAAAAUAUCGGCCAGGGCCCAAGUGCUCGAAUGGGUCACACAACCGUCUUGGAUAAGGCAAAUCAGAAGCUGUAUAUUUUUGGUGGAUGGGGAGCUACUGCUACAAGCGACACCCACAUGUACAUCUUGGAUGCUGUUAAAUGGAGCUGGUCCAAGAUACCUACAGCAGGCUUCUCCUCCUCAGGCGAUUCCUCUGGCAACGGUGAUGGCAAUGGUGAUGGUGAUGGUGGUGGCAGCAAAACAGGUGCCAUUGUUGGUGGCGUAGUUGGUGGUGUUGUUGGAGCAGCACUUAUUGCAGCACUACUCUUUUUGUUAUGGAGACGGCGUCGUAAGCAACAACAAAAGAAUGCAACCAAAGAUGACAUGUCCGAAAAGAGUGGAAACGAGUAUUAUGCGGGACAACAUCCUGAUUAUUGGUAUUACGAUGGCGGUGAUGAUCAGCAAUCUGAUACGGCCAACGGCACUCCCAAUCGCAAACGUGUAUCCAAAGCAAUGACAGCUAUGACCAAUUCGCUUAGCUUUCGCGAUUCUUAUGGUGUCCGAUCAGAACUUGGUGAUACUGAAAGGGUCGUGACAGGCGUAUUAGAGGAGUUGCCAUCACCUAUGGUGACCGAUUCAGGCAGCGAGAUGGCUACUUAUUCGAAUGGCACGCGCAGCUAUCGUGAUUCGGCACACAACAGCAAAGCCUUAUUGCUACCCACUUCGCCUUCAGAUGUACAUUUACGUAGCUGUGGCAAUCAAGUACCCAAUGAAGUACUAUCACAAAAGCCCAACGAGUUUUCCAUUCCUGCAUCACGCUUUGCUGUACAACACGACAAUGGUAGUGGACAAACGGCUACAACGACCAUUCCAAUCGAGCAUUACAGCCCACAGAGCCCUACGUCAAUCACUGCAAGUGCUGGUGCACCUCUUAGCAGUAGCAUGGAUGUGCUUCAAAGUGUGCGAUCUGGCUAUGGUAGUAGCAUGCUAAGCCCAACUGAACAAGCAAUGCGUUCACGUGAUGGUAUCACCGUAACACAUGCAACACACAACGCCGAUAAUCCUGCAAUCAAACGCACGAGCCAUGAUGAAGACAACACCACGUAUACCGAAUCCAUCUCAUAUCAAGCUCAAGGUUCUAUGGGCCCCAUACGUUACAUUCCACCAUCCAGUCAACAAUUCAGCUUGGCAACGACAACAUCGGCCUCUGCAAGUGGUGCUACCAAUGAUGCUCGUCGUGGAUCCAAUGCAGCUAUUCCACUCACUCAUCACCAGUAUCCAUCCUCUAAUAUGAGCAGUGUACCAAUGGCACGUCCAAUCACUCCAGACCAUGACAACGACAACAACAAUACAACACAUCGCAUCUCCAUGCAUCGCUUCCAACAAGACACAAGCAAUAGCAAUAGCAACAACAACAAUGAAAAUAUUUAUGAGACUGUGAGUCCAUUGGAAAUGCUCGCUGCUCUUGGACGUGUGAAUGAAGAAGAAUCUGGCAGCCAAAGUGCAGUUGACUCGAAUGAGAUUCAAUCCUCUGGUUCGGUUGCUACGCCAGCGCAAAGUUCAUUAGGAAAUGCCACCGAUAGCACCAGUCGUGAGCAUAUGGUUGAGGCCACCACCAAGAGAGAUCUUUCGUCACGACAUCGUCCUGAAUCUAUGGAAGAUGCAUUUUCAGCUUUGGCACCACUCACAAGCAUGCUGCCUCGACGAUAUCAACUUGAUCAAACAACGACACCUAUCAUUGGCCCCAUGAAUAGCAUCCUGUUCAUCAACAAAAUCAACAACAGCAACAGCCAAUCCCCUGCAACAACAACGAACAAAGUGGCCAUCAAAUCAUUUGGUCGACGUGAAGCUUGGGAAAGAGAAUGUCGCACAUUGAUCAAGCUCAAGUCACCCCACGUAGUGGAAUUGCUUGAAGUUCUUACCAUUCAAGACGAGAGCCGUACACCUCUUCCUCGACGACGACAAAGUAUAUCAUCAUCCACAUCACAGCCAUCUUCGAUACAGCAACCUGCUGCUGCUGCUGCUGCUACCAGUAGUAGUCAAGAUGAUGAUGAUGACGAGGAUCAAGUCAAGUAUGUCACAGUCCUUGAACGUCUGGAUGAGACAUUAGGAUCAGCUAUUCGACGUGCAAGAUCAGAAAAACAUGCGUGGACAACACAACAAACCCGUGCCAUUGCUCGUAAUGUAAUUGAAUGUCUUGCAUGGUGUCAUUCACGAGGAAUCGCCUUUUGUGAUCUCAAGCCGAGUAACAUUAUGCGACGUAGUGCAGACGCAUCUUGGAAGUUGAUUGAUUUUGAAGCAAGUCGAACCAUUGGUGAGGAAUGUGUGGGUGUGAUUACGCCACGCUAUUGCCCACCCGAGGUCGCACGUGCGACAACAUACGGUCUCGAAGGUGCCAACGGUGUCGUAGCUACGCCGAGUGUGGAUUUAUGGGCACUGGGUUGUGUCAUUUACGAGUUGGAGACAAAGCACGCAUUGUUUGCAGGCAACAUCAAAGAUGAAACCAUCCUUCAUUUUAUAUCUCAUCCAUCACCUUCCACGCCUAUUCUCAACAAUGGUCUACGUUGGAACGAACACAAAGAACUCUACAUCCCUAAUCUCGAACGCAAAAUCCCUGAUACUCGUACACGUCAAUUGAUCAAAAUGCUACUCAGUCGUGAGCCAUCCAAGCGUGGCAGUGCAUCCACUUUACUGGAUCAUCCAUAUUUCGAAGAACAACAAUAA